AUGGGGCUGAUUCCUUUGCCCACUCUGCAGUUGGAGAAAAAGGUCUCCCCAGGGGCACACAACUCUGCGCCCGGCCUUGACGGCUGGGCUGUCAUGUACCGGGGCUCACUAGGGGGCUGUCUUGGUAACUACCCGCUUUCGGAGAGCUUAGAGGAAUCCGACACCACAGUCUCGCGCGGGCCUUUUCCAAAGGAGAGUGCGUCCUUCCUCCUCUGCGCUGCUCUUUCCCCGCUCCCGCCAGCGCCCCCGUUACCCGGGGCGCCGGGCUCCUGGCUGCGCAGGCCCCUUUUCAGUCUGGAGCUGUCUGACGCCGAGGACGCCUUCCCGCGCCGCGCGGGGCCGCUCGAGGUCCCCGCAGAUAGCCGCGUGUUCGUGCAGGCGGCCCUGGCCCGACCCUCCCCGCGCUGGGGCCUGGCCCUGCACCGCUGCUCAGUAACGCCGUCCUCGCGCCCGACCUCCGGGCCCGCCCUGGUGCUGCUGAGCGGGGGUUGCCCCUCUGACGCCUCCGUAGCCUUCCCGCCACCAUCGCAUCCCGACGCAACCCGCCCCGCACGCUUCAGCUUCCGGCUGCGCCCAGUCUUCAACGCCUCCGUGCAGUUCUUGCAUUGCCAGCUGAGCCGCUGCCGCCUCCGGGGAGUCCGCCGGACGCGCGAGGCUCUGACCUCGCCGCCAAAACUGCGGUGUCUGCAUCAGGAUGAGGCGUGCGCGGGCGUUGGCAGCGGCAGCGGCGAGAGCCUGGGUGCAGACGGACCCCACCUGCACACCCUGACGCAGCCAAUCGUGGUCACAGUGCCGCGGCCGCCCCCUAGGCCGCCCAAGAGCCUCCCUGGCAGGGCCGUGCUCCCCCAGCCGCCCGCGCAGGCCCCCGGGGCCCUGGAGCCCGCGCCGGUGGUGGCGCUGGUGUUGGCAGCUUUCGUGCUGGGCGCCGCCCUGGCCGCCGGGCUCGGUCUCGUCUGCGCACACUCAGCGCCCCCACUCCCUGGCCAGCCGACGAGAGCUUCGCCCAGCGGUCCUCAGCCCCGGAGGCCCCAGUGAGGCAGCGACGGAGCCUAACCAGCAGGGUCCAGACAUGCACCCAACCAUGGGGUCAAGACUAGGCCCUCCAGGACCUGAUUCGCACUUCUGGACACAACCCUCUGGGACCUCGACCCCUGUGCUUCUCUCCUCCCUUCCUUCCCGCCCUCCCAUUUAGGCUCAAAAUAAACUUCUGGUCGGAUCCGCAGAGUUCUGGCGGGGUCAGUGUGUGCGCAUGGCGCGGGGGGCAGGCUUGGGGUUGUACCUGAGACUAGCACUUGCGGUGGGGAGGGGAUUGCGAGGCCUCCUAUGCCCAUACACACGUGUGCCAGAGUCAAGGGCGACGCGUUCCAAAUGCAAAGAACACU